CCCCAGGAAUCUGCGGAACCUGAACCCAGCGGCGGCGGCGGCGGCGGCGGGAGAGAGGGAAAGUCGCGCGCGCGCUCACACGGACGUCGGUGGAAGAGGAAGAGGAGUCGCGCGACCAUGUGCGUACCUGCAGCCCAGCUUGGCCGCCUCGCCUGCCUCGGCCCAUUGGCGCCGUGGCCAGCUGAGUGAGGAGCACUGAGCUCCUGGUAUGGGCAGCGUGGGCAGUGGAGCCUCCAGCCAGCGGGCCAUCACCAUGCGAAGCGUGGGCACGCGGACCACCCCGAACGGGCCCCUGGCGCCUGCGCUGCCCCCAAACUCUGUCCGCCGGCGUCUGGAUGACCGCAGCUUCAGCGCUGACCGCCUACCAGCACCGGCCACCAAGACAGCAGGUGUCACUGCCAAUGAGCACUCUGAGCGCGCAGCCGCUUCUCACAAUGCUAAUCGGCAGCACACUGUCAAUGGUGAGCGGCUGCUCUCGAACGCUUCUUUCUCCGUGAGGAGGGAACCAGGCCACAGGAGAGGCGAGAGUCUGGAUCUGUGUGGAAACAGCAUAGUCCUCAACAACAACAACAAUGAAAACAAGAACAGCAGCCAUCAAGCACCAGCGCAGCAGCACAAGGACAAGAGCAAAGCCAAGACUGACAACCACAACCCUCCAAACAUGAUGCCCCUUUCUGGCAAGCUGGAUCAAGCACAGGCACAGCACGGUCUGAGCACUGAGGGAAAGGACGCUGACGCACUGGUCCGUCCCUCGGCCUUCAAGCCUGUGGUGCCCAAAAGCUUUCAUUCCAUGCAAAACCUGGUGUGCCCCCUUCAGACCAGUGUGGGUGCAGGUGGGGGCUCGUCAGGAAGUGGGGCAGGUGAUAGAGGUGGUCAGGGCACCUCAGGAGUCCGUCCAGAUGAGGGAAACCCUAACAGUCGUGGAACACACUCUGGUGGAGGUAUUCGAGCAGGCCAGGGCAGCCUAUCUGAUUCUGGCAGGAAUUCACUGACCAGUCUGCCCACGUAUGCAGGUACAGGCUCAGGCUAUGGCCCUCCGCCGGCCCUCGGGCCCCUCAGUGCCUCCACCAGCCACAUCAACCAGCUGGGUACUGCAACAGCCGGCCUGGACAAGCCAGAUAAACCAGGUUACCAGAAUGGACUGAGUGCCUCUGACAGUGGACACUCGUCUUCGGGCAAGAGCUCGUCAUCUUAUCAGCGUCUUAGCCACUUGAGUGAUGCGCCUGCGCCAUUGAGGCCGUCGCCAUCCUCCGAUGACGUCAUUCGUGACCUUGAAGACCGCUUAUGGGAAAGAGAGCAAGAGGUGAGGACCAAGGUGCUCCAUAUGAGACGGAACUUGGAUCAGAGUGAAGCGGCAAUUGUGCAGGUGUUCGAGGAGAAGCAGCGGGUGUGGGAGCGUGAAAUGGAGGAACUGAGGCAGAACUAUGCUGGGCGGCUGCAGCAGGUGACCCGCCGUGCCCAACGUUCGCAACAGGCCCUGCAGGCCCAGAUCAGCCGCCUUCAGCAGGACAAGCGCAGGCUCCAGGACGAGAUGACGCUGCUCCUGGCCCAGCGUGAAGAGCUGGAGAAGAAGUGCCUGGACUACAGAAAGGAGCAGGCUGACCUCCUGCCCAAGCUGGAGGAGACCAAGUGGGAGGUGUGUCAGAAGGCAGGUGAGAUCUCCUUGCUGAAACAGCAGCUGAGGGAGAGCCAGGGCGAGGUGACCCAGCGUGCCGGAGAGAUGGUGGCCCUGAGGAAUCAGCUGAAGGAGCUGAACGCCCAGCUGAGGGAGCGAGAGCAGGCCGAGAUCAGCCUGAAGGAGUCCUUCUGCACCAAGACGCUGGAGCUGGAGCGCUGCGAGGCAGAACUGCAGGCCAUGCUGGCCGAGGUAACCGUCCUGAGAGACAAGCUGAGUGCUUUUGAGACAGAGGUGGCCGGGCUGAAGAAAGCCCUGAGUGAGCUUAGCAGCACUUCUAGCACUCGCACCACCGAGUCCAGCUUGGCUGAUAUGGGUCAGCUUGUGCUGUCUCGCAGUCGGGAACGUCUCUUCUCACCCCUCAGCCCGCCAGAGACGCCCACCUCGUUGCCUCCUCUUUCGUCACUGCCCUCUGUGUCCUCGCUGCCCCCUGUGCCCUCGCUCCCCCCUUUGCCUGCACUGCCUGCCCCGGACCCACUACUCAGCCUGCAGAGCGAUGACUCCAAGGUGCAGCGGCAGGAAGCGGGAGACCUACGCCGCCAACUGGAGCUACUUCAGGGGGAGCUGCGUCUGGAGCGGCAGCAGCGCGAGCGCCAGGCGCUUACCUUCGCCCACGAGCGCCAAACCUGGCAGGGAGAAAAAGAGCGUGUGCUUAAGUACCAAGCACAGCUGCAGCUUAGCUACGUAGAGAUGCUACAGAAAAACCAGGCACUGGAGGAGCGCGUCGACCAGCUCGGUGCCCAGCUGUCCACUCCCAUCCUGGUAUCACCGGCAACACCAACUUUGUCACCACAUUCAGCUAGUCUUGAAGUGCCCACGGCGGCGCCCGUGGCCGUGUCAAUCACAUCCCCGACUCCUCCGGUCGAGGAGAAAAAGGUGCCCGCUCUGCACCAGCUGGCGCCCCCGUGGCCCGUUCCCACUCGUCUGGAGAGGAUCGAGUCGACAGAAAUAUGAUGCCAGUAUGAGCAUGACCUCUUUUGAUGCAGUAUAAAAAAAAAGAAACACUUAGAGCACCAGUUACAAUAGCGUUAAGUACAAACCCUCCUGAAACAAAAAACGUCAUGUCUAUAACUUCUGAGGACAGUCCAAGGAUGCCCUGCUGAGUGAGGCAGACGUCAGGGUUGAGGGGUGUAAGUUGCUGAAAAAAAGUAAUACGUUUGUGUGGCCUUAUGACUGACCUGGGAAAAGCUCUGGAUCCUUAAAGGUGUUGGUUGGUGUGGUAGGGGUGUAGGAAGAGCUGGCCCUGAGUCUGUAGCCAAGAGGGACGUGAGUAGAUCGAACACUCAGGGGAUAAGGGAUCAGGCAUUAAUAAUCCAUAAUUUAAGGCUAGACUGUUGUAAGCUAGCUCUCAAUGCACGGUUCAUGAUAACAAAUGCGUCAUGAUAUAAAUCUCUAAUAAACAGCUGACAAGUUGACCUUUUAAGACCAUCACUGAUUUUAUUUAAAGGUGCAGUUUUGUAAGCUAUAAACAUUUCAGUGAAAAAAACUGUGAUUUGCAAUAUCGCCACGCGGUGGGUGUGGCUAGUUUCGUCAUUUUGGUUUGUUUAAAUUUAAAUAGUUUAAUUUCCCCCUGCUGGAACAGAAACACUCUUAACCCCACCCCUUUUUCUUAUAAGGCGACACACAAGGCCUAAACAGAACAGGUAGCAGGUUGGUGGGGACAGGAAGGUUUUCUAAUCUUUUUACUGCAAGUGCAUUUUUCACAUCACAGGCAGCAACCACAGGGCUGAACAAAUUACAAACUGCUCCUUUAAAUAACAUUUCUGCAAACCAGAUACAGAAUAUAUACAAAAGCAUCCAUAUUAGCUCAAGAGACUUUUUUUUUUUUUUUAAUAAUUAUUAAUUAGGAGCUACAGGGAGAGAGAGAUGUGAUGCUCUUCCUGUCUAUGGUGCUUGUCCAUACCACACCAGUGUGUGUGUAUUUUUGUUUUCCUUUCCUUUUUUUUUCAAGAAAAAAAAAAAUUGAAGGACCAAAUAUUUAGGAAGUGUUGUUGGUCUCGGGUUCCCUCAUAGUGGACGUAGCCGCGGUAGUGAUUACCAGUGGACUCCAAGACCUGGCGUGAUGUGUAAUAUACAGUAGGAGCGUGCCUCAACCCUCCUGCUCUGAUAACAAAAGCAGCGGCGGAGGACCGACAAGUGGUCAUUUGACUCGAAUGACGUAUUACCAGAACAUUUCUGCUUUUCACCUUCGUAUUCCAUGUUUCUGAAACAAUGUAGAAUAUAUUAGAGAGAGAGAAAGAGAGAGAGAAAGAGAGAGAGCGCGAAAGAGGUAUCGAAAAAAAAACUCUAACAAAAAAAAAAUAGUUUAAUGCACUUUGCUUUGGUCUCAGACAUUUUUUCUUUUUUUUGCUUUAAGAGAGGUGUGUGUUUGAUGAACAGCAUAUGCUGAGUGAUGUUUGGUUUAUGAAGCUGCUAGUUAGAGGAGAAGUCCUGAGCGGCUGAGCCAAAAAAAAAUAAAAUAGAAAGAAAAUAAAUGCUAAGAGGGCGAUUAGGAUAGUGCGUGGUCGGAGGAGGGCGCACUUCUGAAGCAUGGUCCGUCCACCGCUAACGAACUAAUGAGUCUGUUUAAGUGGGACCUUACCUUCUUCCAAAAAAGAAUAUGUGUCGAUGUAUACUUUCUGAAAGUAUCAUUUAGAAUAUUUGACUUAAAAAAAUCUAUCUAUAUAUUAUAUAAUAUGCAGUAGAUUGAAGUGAUGUUUUGAAGUAAGUACACCGUGUACACCAGGCUUCGUUGCCAUAUCUGAGUGGGAUAUAAAGACUGACACGUGCGAUUGUUUAGUAUGGAUUCUGAUGGUUUAGGUAGAUUUACAACUAGUGGUGACGAGAAGAUGGAGGUGGAAAAUUGGUAGCAUUAAAUAAAAAAAAAAGAACACCUUUUGUCACAAAGUUUACAUCUUCAUGCUAAUGCAUACCAUGUGAU